AAUGCGGGGUUUGUAACCACAUUUAUUUAACUACGCCUUCUCCAGUCUGAGGUCCGGGUAGGCAUUACACAGGAAGAGAGCCGUGUAGGAAAAAGAAACGGGGCGCCCUCCUCCUCCUCCUCCUCUUCCUCCUCCUCCUCCUCCUCCUCCUCUCUUGGCGGAUAACGGUGUCCAAGAAGUUAUUCGGGACCGACGGAGACAAUAGUCUUAUCUUGCGGGCUUCGAUACGCGUCCAUCACCACUUAUUAAUGCUGUCCGCGUCCGCGUUGUCUCACACAAACAGGGAAACACUCGGCUGAAAUCAUAUCAUGGACGAUUUGGGGGUGCCAGAGCCACCUAACUACCCUCUCAGUCCUCGUAUUGUUGUGUUUGAUGCCCUCCUCGCUGAUCUGGAGAACACCGGCUCUCCUCUAGCUCGGUGUCCUGUCCUGCUCACCUCUGACCCUCCGCAAAAUGCCGACGCCACUGAGGACGCCGCCCCCGCCCGGCCACCGCCGCCCGCCUACACCCCGCAGCAGACGGUUUCUGCCGCCAUGAAAUCCACCCAGAACUCCAACCCAGACAAAUUAUACAGCACAGUGUGUAAACCGCGCUCUCCUCGCACGACAGACCCUCCUCCAGCCUUCUCCUCCUCCUCGCUGCUGGGAGGAGGUCUGAGUGAACUGGACCAUCUGUUGCAGGAGCUGAACGCCACCCAGUUCAACAUCACAGAUGAGAUCCUGGCUCAGUUCCCUUCUUCUAAGAAAGAUGAGAGGGACAAGAUUAAGGAUAAGGCCUCGACCUCCACUUCCAGCUCUGCGAAGCCUUCAGCAACAUCUGCCACACUGGAACUGGACAAACUGAUGGCUUCUCUGUCAGACUUCAGAGUCCAGAGCACACCAGCUGCGCCUGUCAGUCCAGUGGUGACAGCCCCGCAGCAGCCCGCCGCCCCCCCGCAGCCCUCAUCCGGCGGCUCAUUGGACAGCAUGCUGGGGCUGCUUCAGUCAGACCUGAGUCGACAAGGGGUUCAAACAUCCUCCAAGGGCAACUGUUCAGCUUGUCAAAAGCCAGUGGUAGGACAGGUGGUGACGGCCCUUGGGAAGGUUUGGCACCCGGAGCACUUUGUGUGCACCGAGUGUGAGACGGAGUUAGGCAGUCGCAACUUCUUUGAGAAGGACGGACGGCCGUACUGCGAGUCGGACUACUUCACCCUCUUCUCCCCUCACUGUGCGCAAUGCAACAAGCCCAUCCUAAACAAAAUGGUCACCGCUCUGGACAAGAACUGGCACCCAGAGUGUUUCUGCUGUGUUAAGUGCAGCCGGGCGUUCGGAGAGGAAGGUUUCCAUGACCGGGAGGGCCAGCAGUACUGCCAGCAGUGCUUCUUGACUCUGUUUGCUUCCCGCUGUCAAGGCUGCAGCCAGCCCAUUCUGGAAAACUACAUCUCAGCUCUCAACUCUCUCUGGCACCCACAGUGCUUCGUAUGCAGGGAGUGCUACAGCCCCUUCGUCAACGGCAGCUUCUUCGAACACGAGGGUAACCCCCUCUGUGAGGCCCACUACCACCAGUCCCGAGGCAGCAUGUGUCAGGCCUGCCAGCAGCCGAUCCUGGGCCGCUGCGUCACCGCCAUGGGGGCCAAAUUCCACCCCCACCACCUCGUGUGUCACUUCUGCCUGAAGCCCCUGAGCAAAGGCUGCUUCAAGGAGCAGGAGAACAAGCCCUACUGCCACCCGUGCUUCAUCAAACUCUUCGGCUGAGGACGCAGCAGGACUUUGCCUCCCUCUCUUCCGGGUCGCCAAGUGAAGACGCUGUAUGACUCUGAGUUCUCAACUUGUUUGUUGUUGUUGUUUUUUACUGCGGGAAAUGAGGGCGGAGCUGGUCUCUUUCUUGGUUUUAAGAAUAUAAGAGUUGUGAGAGGGAGGGGAAUAAAAAGUGAAUCAUCCAACCCAAUUCAUUUCUGUUUAUUUCACAGAAACGUGGACUGCAUUUAGACUGGCAGUGUGAAAUACAACUUUAGCUUUGGUUAGACACAUACAAAACGAUGCCAAAUGAUUUUCUCAUGUAUGUAAGUCUGUUACAUACUAUACUGAUUCAAAUUGAAUAUUGAAAAUUGAAUUCUUUUGCCAAAGGUAGAACAGAAACGGUGUAUUGAGAGCAAAUUUAUUGUUUCAGUGAAGGACUUGUGCUGUGGUGCAAGGAAAUCCCCUUUAAUAUAUUUGCUUUAUACUGCAAAGAGUGCCACUGCAAUUACAUUUAUAUAUUGUACGCUGACUGCUAUAUACUGUGCGUUUUUUGUGUAACAAACUAAGCUGUAUGUUUAAUGUCAGAUAUUUUGCAUUAUUCUUUCACUGUUGCUCUAUGCAAUUUGCCAAAAACAAAUCCAAAGAAUAAAAUAAAAGUGA